AAGAACUUCAACAACUUCGUGAUAAUGUUACUCUUCUUACAAAUCAAUGUGCACAACUUGAUGAAGCAAAUCGAGCUUGGCAACAAUAUCAACAAACACAAUUAGACACUUUCAAAAAUAUAUUUCAACAUUAUUUACCAAUAGAUGAAACUUUCACAUUGAAUCAAGCUGCACAACAAAUUCUUCACCAAAUUACAAAAGAACGAGAAGAUUUCAAUGAAAGAUAUCAAACAUUAGAAAAACUUAAUGAUGAUCUUCGAUUAGAGUCAGCAACUAAUUUAGAAACUAUCAAAGAAUCUUAUAUUAACACAGUUGAUGAAUUAAAUAAAGAAUUACUUUGUAUGAAAGAACAAUAUGAACAAACAAAUAAACUCGAAUCAUCUAGUUUGAUACGACAUGCAUUUGAAGACACACCAUUGAAAAGUUCUGAAACUAUUGAUCAACAAGAAGUAGAAGAAAUUCAACAACUUCGUGAAAAUCUUAUUUCACUCACUGCUCAACUUGAUGAAACAAAAGAAACAUGGCAACAAUAUCAACAAACACAAUUUGAUAUUUUACGAAAUCAACUUCAAGAUUGUUUAUCAAUUGAUUCGAAUAUAACAUUUGAUGAAAUUGCUCAACAAAUUGUUGAUCAAGUAACUAAAGAACGUGAAGAUUUCACUGGAAAAUAUCAAGAAUUAGAAAAACAAAAUGAUAAUCUUCGUUCAGAAUUAACAAAUAAUAUGGAAUCAAUUCGAGAAUCUUAUGUAAAUACAGUGAAUGAAUUAAAUCAAGAAUUACUUAUUAUGAAAAAACAAUGUGAACAAUUUGAUGCUGAAAAUCAAUUAUUGACUAAUGAACUUGAAAAACAAUCUAUUCAAAUUCAUGAAGAACAAAUUGAACCAACCAUUGAAAAAAUUCCAUUGAAUAUAUUGAAACAACCAUUUGAAGAGGUUCCUAUUCAUACUAGUAGUAUGAAUGUUGAAGAUGAAGGAAAAGAACUUGAACAACUUCGAGAAAGAGUUGCUCAUCUCACAACUCAAUGUGCCCAACUUGAUGAAGCAAAUCGUGCUUGGCAACUAUAUCAAGAAGCACAGCUUGAGAAUUUCCGAUCAAAACUUCAUGAUUGUUUGUCUUUUGAUGAAGAUAUGUCAUUUGAUAUGAUUGCACAACAGAUUGUUGAACAAAUAUCGAAAGAGAGAGAAGAUUUCAAUAAAAAGUAUCAAGCAUUAGAAAAAGCUAAUGAUGUACUUUGUUCAGAAUCGACAAGUAAUUUAGAAUCAAUUCAACAAAGUUAUAUAAAUACAAUAGAUGAAUUAAAUCAAGAAUUAUUUGUUAUGAAAAAACAAUGUGAAGAUCUUGAUGCUGAAAAACAAGUUUUGUCGAAUGAACUCGAAAAACAAUAUGCUAAGAUCGAUCAAGCCUAUCCUAAACAGACCAUUGUGUCUCCAGACAUAUGGAAACAACCCUUGGAAGAGGUUCCUAUUCAUACGAGUGAUGCUAAGAUUGAAGAAGACAGGAAAGAACUCGAACAACUUCGAGAAACUGUUGCAUUUCUCACAACUCAAUGUACACAACUGAAUGAAGCAAAUGAUGCAUGGCAACAAUAUCAAGAGGCACAGCUUCAGAAUUUUCGAUCGAAACUUCAUGAUUAUUUCUCUAUGGAUGAAAACACAUCAUUGGAUAUCAUUGCACAACAGAUUGUUGAACAAUUGUCGAAAGAAAGAGAAGAUUUCAAUGAAAAGUAUCAAACACUAGAAAAAGUUAAUGAUAUACUUCGUUCAGAAUCAACAAAUAAUUUGGAAUCCAUACAACAAGAUUAUACGAAUACAAUAAAUGAAUUGAAUCAAAAAUUACUUGUCAUGAACAAACAUUGUGAAGAUCUUUCUACUGAAAAACAGUUUUUGACUAAUGAACUCGGAAAACGAUCUAUUGAGAUCGAUCGAGAUCAGGCUAAACCAACUAUUGAAAAAGUGUCAUCAAAUAUAUUGAGACAACCUUUAGAAGAGGUUCCUAUUCAUACGAGUGAUGAUAAUAUUGAACAAGACAGAAAAGAGCUUGAACAUCUUCGAGAAACUGUUGCUGUUCUCACGACUCAAUGUGCACAACUUGAUGAAGCAAAUCGAGCUUGGCAACAAUAUCAACAAAUACAAUUAGACACUUUCAGAAAUGUAUUUCAUCAAUACUUACCCAUAGAUGAAAGUUUCACUUUGAAUAACGCGACACAACAACUUUUUGAUCAAAUUACAAAAGAAAAAGAAGAUUUCAAUGAAAGAUAUCAAGCAUUAGAAAAACUUAAUGAUGAUCUUCGAUUAGAGUCAGCAACUAAUUUAGAAACUAUCAAAGAAUCUUAUAUUAAUGCAAUAGAUGAAUUAAAUAAAGAAUUACUUAGUAUGAAGGAACAAUGUGAAAUACUCAUUGCAGAAAAACAAAUUUUGACUAGUGAACUUGAGAAGAAACCUGUUGAAUUAAACAUAGAGCAAACUGAGGAAAUAAUUGGAUCAGCCCCAAUCAAUUUAUUACAAGAAGUUCCUUUGCAGACAAGUGCUUCUAAUUUUGAUCAAGAAAAUGAAGAACUUCAACAAUUACGCGAAAACUUUACUAUUCUUACCUUUCAAUAUGCUCAAUUAAAUGAAGCUAAUCGUGCUUGGCAAGAAUUUCAUCAAUCUCAAGUAGAUAAUUUUCGUAAAAACAUACAAGAUUUUAUACCACUUGAUGAUAAUUUAUCGUUUGACCAUAUUGCACAAAAAAUUAUGGAUGAAAUAACUAAAGAACGAGAAUAUUCUAAUGAACGAUAUCAAACUUUAGAAAAAGCACAUAAUGAUCUUCAAUCAGAAUCAAUUCAAGAAAAUAAAGAAUUUUUUCUUCUCAAAGAACAAUACGAUCAAAUUCUUCGUGAAAAACAAUUAUUAAUUAAUCAAAUUGAAAAUCAACCAAUUAUUAACAAGCACGAACGUGACACCCAAACAAUAGAAUCAAUAGAUUCGAAUCUUCUGGAACAACAAACUAAAAUGUCUCAACUUCAAGAAAAUCUUAUUUCAUUAAGAACUCAACUUGACGAAACUAAUCAUUCAUGGCAAGAAUUUGAACAAACACAAUCUAAUUUACUUCAAACUCUUCUACCAUAUUCAACUAAAACAUCACUUGAAGAACUUAUACAAGAAAUUAUUUUACAUAUAAAUCAUUUAACAAAAGAAAUUGAUUUAUAUAAAGAAAAAGAAAGUCAACAUGAUGAUAAUAAAAUUGAAGACGAACUUACUAUAUUACAAAAUCAAUGUACAGAAUUAGAUGCAGCUAAUCGUGCAUGGCAAUUAUUUUACGAUAAUCAAAUUGAUUUAUUAAAAGAUAAAUUAAAAGAUUAUAUUAAUUUUAAUCAUAAUGAAAAUUUUGAUCAAAUUAUUCAAUUGAUUGUUGUACAAUUUGAACAACAAAAACAAUUCAAUGAAAAUAUUUCAUUAGACACAACUAAAGAUAAUGUUGAUUUAUUAAAAAACCAAAUAAAUAAUUUUCAAGAUAAUGAACAAUUACUUAACCAACAAAUUUUAACUCUUCAACAAGAAUGUCAAAAUCUUGAACAACAAUUAAAAGAAAAUCAAUUAAAUAUUGAUUCAUUCAAAACAAAUUUACAAUUAACAUUAAAUGAAAAUGAACAACUUAAACAAGACUAUGAUGAAUUACAACAAAAGAAUAAUUUACUCAUUAAUACUAAUCAAGAUUUAGAAAAUCAAUUAAAUGAAUAUGAACAACAAUCAUCUCAUAUCGAAUCUCAAGAUACUUCAAAACAAAUGAUUCAAAAAGAAAUUCGUCAUACACCAAUUCAAGAAAUUCAAAUUCAUAGACUAACUCCUGUUCAAUCAAGAUAUUCUCCAAAUAUUGACGAAGAACUUCGUCAAUUACGAACAGAUCUUACUGCAUCAUCAGCUCAUUGUUUACAAUUAGAAGAAGCAAAUCGUGCUUGGCAACAAUUCCAUCAAAAUCAACUUGAAUUAUUUCGUCAGAAAUUACAAAAUUCAAUUCCAUUAGAUGAGAAUUUUACACUUGAACAAAUAGCACAACAAGUUCUUAUUCAUCUUCAACAAUUAGAAAAUAAUAAUCAAUUAGACACAAGUUCAACAAUUGAUUCUUUGAACAAACAAUUAACUAAUUAUCAAUUAAAUGAAUUAAUACUUUCUCAAAAUCUUGAACAAUUAAAUCAAAAAUUACUUGAUGUUUAUCGAGAAUGUGAAGAAUUUCGUGAUCAUAAUGCACAAUUAAUAUUAUCUAAACAACAAAUUGAACAACAAAUAGAUGAACUUCAAUUAUCAAAUAAUAAUUUAGAAAAAUUCUAUGAUCUUCAACAGCAUAAUGAAUCACUUCGUUUAGAAAAUCAACAAUUACAACUGAAAUUAAAUGAUAUGGAACAACGUUUAAAUCAAUUUUCAAUUAAUUCAACCAUUCAACGUGUUGAUUCAACAAGAGAGAAUAUUGGUAUUCAUAAUAUUGAUCGUGAGCGUGAUGAUGAAAUUCAUCAAUUACAAACAGAUUUAGCAGUAGCAUCAAAUCGUUGUUUUGAAUUAGAAGCAGCAAAUUCUGCUUGGCAAAAAUAUCAAUAUGAACAAAUAGAAUCUUUAAGAAAGAAACUUCAAGAACAAAUACCAUCAUUAAAUCAAAUUGAAAAUUCUUCAUUAGAUUUUAUUACCCAACAAAUUCUUGAUUAUUUACAUCAAUUAAAUAUUCAACGAGACAAUCUUUUACAUCAAAAUGAUUUAUUAAAAGAUGAAAUUCGCUUACAAAAACAACAAUUAGAACGUCCACGAUCUGUUGAUAGUAUGCAACGAAUGCUUCAAAAACGAUCACACAAUAAAAAUAUUACAGAACCUCAAGUUCAUAGUACAACAUCAUCACAAUCACCAUCUCCUCUCAUCAAUGAACAUGAACAAGAACUUCAACAACUUCGUGAUAAUGUUACUCUUCUUACAAAUCAA